AUGAUGAAUCCUUUAUUAAUACCAUCCCCUCCACUAUCUGUCCAAUGGUUUACAUUUCAACUGAAGCCGUCGUAUGACUACAUAGUGGUGGGGGCCGGGAGUGCCGGCUCUAUAGUGGCCUGUCGUUUGGCUCAUGAAAUGGGAGACAAGGUUUUGCUGAUAGAGGCCGGUGUUGGACUGGACGCAGUGAUUACAGACUUCCCUGGUAUGUUUAUCAAUAACCUCAAGACCCCGUCCCGUUUCUGGCCGUAUGUCAACGAACCGCAGCCAGAGGUGGGACAGGCGUACGGAAACAGACAAACAUCAGAAGCUAAGGGAAAGGCAUUGGGGGGCAGUUCAACGGUUAACUUAAUGAUAUACAACAGAGGGAACCGUAAGUAUUACGACAGUAUUGCUCGUGAUUUCGGUGCCAACGGUUGGAGUUUUGAACAAUUGUUGCCGUAUUUCAAGAAAUCAGAGAAUAAUACCGAUCCUAAUGUCGAUCCCAUAUAUCACGGUCGCAGUGGACCGGUAGGUGUGUCCACUCCAUCAGCAAUUGAUACACCUUUACUUCAUUGGCAAAAAGCACUGACAGAACAGGGCUUUCCAGUUGUGGACUUGAAUGGGCCGACACAGUAUGGCACGAGUAUUAUGCAGUCGACUAUCAGGGAUGGGAUGAGACAAUCUACUGCCAACUCAUAUUUGGAAUUCUCUGAUAUAUGCCCUGAUAUUAAUAUAGUAACAGGGGCAUUUGUCACUAAAGUGCUUAUCACAGGACAAAUGAACAAUGCAAAAGCAUAUGGAGUGGAGUUUAAAAAAGGAAACCGUAUAUAUCGUGUUAUGGCUAACAAAGAGGUUAUUAUUUCAGCCGGUACCAUUGGCUCAUCACUUUUAUUAUUGUGGUCUGGUAUUGGCCCCCGAGAGCACCUACACUUACUUGGACAACCAGUUUACGCUGACCUACCUGUAGGUCAAAAUCUCCAGAAUCACGUGGCAGUGGCCAUACCUAUGCUUAUUAGAAAUACAAGUAGUGUAUUGCCAACUCCUGAACUUAAUGUUCCGCAAAUGUACCAGGCACUAUUUGAAAAUAUGGGGCCAUUAACACAAAUGCCCGUCUCAUACCUGUUGUACAACUCAAGUGUAAACCCUGACUGGACUUACCCUGAUAUUGCCAUUCAUGUGUGUGUAGUUAAUCAGGGAGAAUUUGGAUUUAAAAAUGGCAAACCUAUGGGAGUCAGACUCAACGAAUGGACUCAAUAUUUCCGACACCUAUCGUAUAACAACUACUUGGAAGUGAUUGCAGUCCUAUUCAGACCUAAAAGUGUGGGUAAUGUAAGGCUCCGAUCUCCCGACCCUCAGGUGUUGCCUAUUAUUGAGGAGAAUUUCCUGAAGCACCCGGAUGACAAACAGGCACUUUUGGACGCCAUACGCUAUGCUUAUUAUGUGAUCGAGGAGACAUCAGUCUCAAGAGAUGUGUACGUAAACCCACAACCAUUCCCAGGCUGUACGUACUGUCCGAGUGGACCGGUAUGGCAGUGCACGUCAUACCAUAUUUGUAUUAUAAGAGAAGUGGGUAGAAGUUUUCAAAACCCUGUGGGCACCUGUCGUAUGGGUGGACAGCAUAGGACUGAUGUUGUGGUCGAUGAGAGACUUCGGGUGCGAGGAGUGAGUAGUUUGCGAGUAAUCGAUACGUCAGUAUUUCCCGCAGUUAUUAACGCCAAUGCAAAUGCGGCCGCACUGGCAGUGGGGGAGAAAGGGGCUGAUCUGGUGCUGGAGGACCACCGGACACAGUUUGGUAGUGAUCCCGGUUAUGACCAGAGUUGGAAGCAUAAAUUCUGUACACAGCAGAGACAACAAAUACACGACUCGUUUGCAAAUCGCUAUCAAUUUAACACGUCGUAUGACUACAUAGUGGUGGGGGCCGGGAGUGCCGGAUCUAUAGUGGCCUGUCGUUUGGCACAUGAAAAGGGUAACCGAGUGUUACUACUGGAGGCGGGCGAUGGACAGGACUCAGUGAUGACUGACUUUCCCGGUAUGUUUGGCUAUAACCUCCAGAACCCGUCCCGUAUUUGGCAGUAC